UUGUAGUUUGUAAGUUCGUAGGAGCGUAGUGUAUAUCGGAAAUUAAAAUAUCAUUUUAUAAAUUCAAAUCGCAUACAGGAAGUUUGUUGUCAAAUGGUGAAUAAAUGUCUUUAAAACCCCUAAAAAUGCCGUCUGCAACCAAAGACUCUACUAUCUUAAAGAUAGCGGUGGAAAUGUUAAAUUCACCAGACAAAGUACCUCAGCUGAUAGAGUUUGACCAAAGUCAACCUCUAUCCAGUAUCAUUCAACUGCUCUGUAAGGCGUGGGGCCUUCCCGAUCCAACCAACUACGCCCUACAGUUUUCAGAGAGCAAUAAUCAAAACUAUAUUACCGAAAAAAACCGAAACGAAAUUAAGAAUGGGUCGGUUUUACGAUUAGAACAAUCCCCUGCAAAGACAGUUCAAGAUAUACUGGCCAAAAUAAACGGAGGAACAGAAAAUGAACUGACCACCGCUUUGAUGAAGUUGUCUUCUGUAAGCAGUGACCUAACGUUCGCCCUCGAAUUCAUAAACAAGAAAGGGCUGUCUUUGAUCAUUAACAAUAUAGAAACAGGAAAGUUUAAAGGUAAUGCAUUGAAAUAUGCAUUAGUCACAUUUGUAGAAUUAAUGGACCAUGGUAUAAUAUCCUGGGAUAUCUUAGAAAACCAAUUCAUCAACAAAGUGGUCAGUUUUGUUAGUAAUCAAACAAGUAGUCAGGAUGCUAAAAUAAUUCAGAGUUGUCUCUCUAUUCUUGAGAACAUUGUACUCAACAGUUCAGGAAAAAACUCUCAUGUUGAAAAAGAAAUAACAAUCCCCAGUCUCAUAUCACAUUUAGAAAACUCUGAUAGAAUCAUUCAACAAAAUGCCAUUGCAUUGAUCAAUGCAUUAUUUUCAAAAGCAGACAUGACUAAAAGAAAAGCUAUAGCUGCCACACUGUGUUCAAAACAAGUUCGUAACAAAAUCUAUGAGAACCUUAUUACCAAAAAUAUUUCCAAAGAGGUUUUGGGUACAGAGCUGGCACAUCAACUGUAUGUUUUACAAACAUUAACACUUGGUCUUUUGGAGCCAAGGAUGAGGCAAAGAGCUGACUCUCAAGAACAAGAAUCACAGGACAAAAUUAAAGAGCUGCGUAGAUAUGCCUUCGAGAAUGAUAAUAAUACAAACAUUGAAGUAACAACUAGAAGACAAACUGGUAGCCUAUCUAAGGAUUUCAAAAAGCUGGGCUUUAAAUGUGAAAUAGAUCCAAUAAAAGAUUUUAAUGAGGUACCCCCAGGAGUUUUAGCUUUAGAUUGUAUGCUUUAUUUUGCUAGAAACUACAGAGAAGAUUACACAAAGAUUGUGUUGAGAAAUAGUUGCCGGGCUGACGAUCAGGAAUGCCCAUUUGGAAAGAGCAGUGUUGAACUUGUCAAGCUUUUGUGUGAAAUAUUACAUAUCGGAGAAGCACCAAGUGAACAGGGACAAACCUACCAUGCACUGUUCUUUACCCAUGAUCAUCCAUUUGAAGAGCUAUUUUGCAUUUGCAUUGUAUUAUUAAACAAAACUUGGAAGGAAAUGAGAGCAACAACUGAAGACUUUGUUAAAGUAUUAAGUGUUGUCCGAGAGCAGAUCACAAGAACUCUUGCUACAUCCCCUAAAGGUUUUGAUAAAUUUAGACAGAAGGUCAAAGAGCUAACCUACAGUGAAAUAACUCAUCUGUGGCAACAAGAGCGAACUAAUAGAGAAGUAUGGGAAUCUCAUGCAAGGCCUAUUGUGGAACUAAAAGAGAAAAUAACUCCAGAAAUUAUUGAUUUAAUUCAACAGCAAAGACUUGGUGUUCUGGUUGGAGGCACUAGAUUUAAAAAAUAUAUGAAAAUCAACAGGAAGGAUAAAUUUUGGUUUGUUCGUUUAUCUCCAAACCACAAGGUGUUGCACUAUGGAGAGUGUGAUGAAAAAAGCACACCCAGUUUAGAAGAGCUUGGUUCAAAGCUAGCAGUGGCCGACAUCAAGUGUGUAGUAGUGGGCAAAGAGUGUCCUCACAUGAAGGAUUUGAAAGGAAAAAUAAGUAGCCCACAUCUAGCAUUUUCUUUAAUUCUGAAAGCUGCAGAAGUACCAUCAUUGGACUUUGUUGCACCAGAUGAACAAAUAUUUGAUUACUGGACUGACGGAAUUAAUGCACUAUUAAAGGAGAAGAUGUUAAGUAAAUCCUUUGAGAAUGAUUUGGAAACUCUCUUGUCUAUGGAUAUAAAAGUUCGUUUGCUAGAUGCAGAAGGUAUAGACAUUCCACAAGAUCCACCUCAGAUACCACCAGAACCCGAGGACUAUGACUUUUACUAUGACAAUAAUUAAAAAACAGUAUUAUAUUAAUUUGUACAUCUUAUUAUUGACUGGUAUUUAAGAUAUUAUUAUGUUUACUCAUUGGCAUUUUAGGUUAAUAUUUGAAAUAUUCAUAUAAUACUUAUUUAAAUUUUUUAUUUCAUGUAUUAUUAGCAAUUUUUUCAUAAAUGUUGGAUAUUAAUCUAUAUAUAAAUAUAUAAGAGAUUUCCACGUAUAAAGUCACUCAUAGCGAUAUCUCUGGAACCAUUAGAGCUAAAGACUUGAAAUUUGUUAGGAAUAAUCUUUUCACCGAGUAGAGGUCAGCUAAGAAUUUUACGAAAUUCCACCUGCAAGAGUUUUUUUAAUUAUGAACAGAACCAUGUCUAUCGGGUCAGCUAGUUAAGCAUAAAAUUCAUUCCAGUUAUGUUUUCCAUUGUCAAAAAGUGAAAUAAACCUUAUUUUUACUAAUUAAUAUGAUCUAUACUAUGUUACAAAGUUGUAAAUAUUAUGUGGAACUUAUUAUUUUAAUAUAAUAUUUAUUCUAAGGCGCACACAAAAUAAGACUAUUUCUAUUAUAUCUGUAACUAUGUUACAUGUAUUUUCAAACAUUUCUUUGAUUUAAGAUAAAAUUGUCAAUAGCAAAUUUUCAUGUAUAUUACGGUACAUGAACAUAAUCCAUUUUAAACAAUUAUGCUUUAUGUUAUCUAUAAGUAAUGUUCCCAAUGACAUAUUAAAUUAGGUUUUAAGCAAUUAUAUUUUAAUUUUAUAUCAAACUCAAUGUACCAAAGAUAUAAAAAAUAUUAUAAUUGUAUAUUUACGAAUCAAUG